CAGGUGGAUUCUUUAACCACUGUGCCACCAUGGAAGCCGACUUCUGCCUUUGUAUUGAGAGUUUUCAGUGACCUCCAGUCAGGCAGAGCUCGGGAUAUGGGGGUGGGAAAGCCCUGAGGGAAGCUCCAGUAGCUGAGCGGGGUUGGACGUAAGCUUGGACCGCUGCGGGCAUCCCCACCUGCUUGGGCGGGUGGUCCCUUGAGAGCCUGCUUCCGCUCUCUGCAGAGCGGACUAAGCCCAGCUUGACUCUCAUUGGCUUAACGGAGGUAAGUGACAGAUCCCGAGCCAAUGGAAGGUAAAAACUGCCCAGCACCCGCCUAAUUCGGGUGCUGCUUCUAGGGCCUCAGGCCCGCGCGUGUCCAGUAGCUAGCUGCCGCCAUCCCAGACAGAGAGGACUGACAGGCGGCGCCCGUCACUGGGGUCGCUUGUCGCCAACCCUUCUUUCUGAUCGUCCCCCAAGUGUUUCUAAUACUGACUCCGCGGCCCCGCGCGUGCCUGCGGAGGACGGGACCAUCUGGCCCAACGAGCCCACGCCCACCGAAGGUUUCGCCCACUCCCCGCCGGAGGCCGCAGCGGCCUAGCGUAGGCCUUGGGACCGGUUUGAUCGAGCUAGGACUGGACAGGCCGCGGCGGGGAUCGCCGGAACCGAGGUGAGGCAGCUUCAGUGUACCGCAAGGGCUCACCUGGAAGAAUCUCUUCGAGUUCUAGCCUUAACCCUCCGUCCCGCCGGCCGCCGCAGCCACGUCGUAGCCAGCAGAGGGCGCUGCCGGGCAUGGCCGAAGAGCGUCGCGGGGCCUGGUUCGGCUUCGGUUUCUGCGGCUUCGGGCAGGCGCUGGGCUCGGGGCGCGGGCGCCAGGUACACAGCCCCGAGCCUCUGAGGGCGCCAGGCGCGGGCCUCGAUGUCUGCCGCGUGAGCGCGAGCUGGAGCUACACCGCCUUCGUGACCCGUGGAGGAGGCCGGGUGGAGCUGUCUGGCUUCGCGGUCGGAGCGGCGGGCGGCUGCAGGGACGCGUGGGCGUCGGAGGAGCUCCUGGUGGUGCUGCGCGCGGGGCCGGGACCCGGGGCCGGGACGGAGCUGCAGGCCUGGGCGCCCGGUUCGGCGCUGCGCGGGGAGCCCCUCUGGGCCCAGACCGUGCCGGAGGCCGAGCGGGAAGACGGACCGGUCGGCGAUGAGACCCAGGCUGGGCCGCUGCCGCUGCUGCCCUGCGCUCGCGCCUACGUGAGCCCGCGGCCGCCCUUCUACCGGCCUCUGGCCCCGACACUGCGGGCGCGCCGACUGGAGCUGGGCGCUGAGCACGCGUUGCUGCUGGACGCGGCGGGCCAGGUGUUCUCCUGGGGCGGGGGCAGGCACGGACAGCUGGGCCACGGGACUCUGGAGGCAGAGCCGGAGCCGAGGCUGCUGCAGGCGCUGCAGGGCCUAACCAUGACUGAGGUGGCCGCAGGUGGCUGGCACUCUCUGUGUGUGAGUGAGGCUGGGGAUAUUUAUAUCUGGGGCUGGAAUGAAUCAGGGCAGCUGGCCCUGCCCACCAAGAGCCUGGCAGAGGAUGGAAAGACAACCGCAGAAGCCUCAGGACUGAAUGAAGAUGGUUCUGAAGUGAAGACAGUAGCCGGGGGUGAGGAUGGAGCCCCGGCCCCCUUCAUAGCUGUCCAGCCCUUCCCGGCUUUACUGGACCUCCCCCUGGGCUCAGAUGCAGUCAAGGCCAGCUGUGGAUCCCGGCACACAGCGGUGGUGACAAGAACGGGGGAGCUCUACACCUGGGGCUGGGGUAAAUAUGGACAGCUUGGCCACAAAGACACGACCAGCUUGGAUCGGCCCUGCCGUGUGAAGUACUUUGUAGAUAAGCAACUCCAAGUAAGGACCGUGAGCUGUGGGCCCUGGAACACCUAUGUGUAUGCUGUGGAAAAAGAGAAGAGCUGACAUGUAUUGAUAAGGGCAUAAAAUAAGUGUAGAGUGAAAAAUUAUGAAGCUAACACCUGUGAAACUCCCCCCAGGUCAAGGAAAACCAUUGCCAGCACCCCAGAGGCCCCACAUUUGGCCUUCCCUAUCACAGCCCUCUUGCUCCACCUUAGAGCAGGCAGCAUCCUCAACUUUGUCUUCACAUUAGAAACACCUGGAGGGAACUCCCUGGCGGUCCAGUGGUUAGGACUCUGCGCUUUCACUGCCUAGGGCACGGGUUCAAUCCCCGGUCUGGGAACUAAGAUCACACAAGCCGUGUGGCACAGUGUGGCCCAAAAAAAAAGAAAAGAAACACCUGGAGAUUUGAAACUGGAUGCCUAAAGCCAGCAUCGCAGACACAAUGAAAUCAGAACUUAGGGGUGUGGAACCUAGAUGUGGGUAGAUUUUUUAGGCUGCCCCACCCCCGGUGAUUUGGAGGUAGUGCUAAGAUUGGGAACCACUAGAGGUCAUCUUCUUUUGUUGUUCAUAUACCUGUUUUCAUUUUGACUCAUACCAUUCCUUGUAUACAUCUUUAUACAAUAUAAUUUGUCUGCUUUUGAACUUUAGGUAAAUAGAAUCAUUCUGUGUAUGUUCUUUUGUGUCUUGUUUUUUCAUCAGCAUUGUAUGAUUCAUCUGUGGUGUUGUGCAGUUGAUUCAUUUUUUAUUGUUAUAUGGUAUUCUAUUGUAUGAAUUAUACCUCAAGUUAUAUAUUCUCUUA